CCAACUACUACUAUUAACAUUACUACUACUAAGUAACAGUAAUAAAGUCCAAUAUCUAUGCCCAAACGUAGUCCCUAUGAAAACAAGGAUGUGGGCUCCCAGUUCUUCUUGUCUUCGAACCACGGCGCGUGCCAAUUCACGUACAGAAUCGGUCGCCGGACGCCGUCGGCCUUGGCACCUCGUGCCGCCGUCGUGUUGGCCAGACCCAGGUGCAGCACUCGGCAGUCGAACACGACCACGUCCCCCAGACCCACGUGUGGGCGGAUCGUCUUGGCCAUGCACUCGUCCACGCCGCGCCCGUCCUCGGCCAUCAUCCGCGCGCACGUGGCGAGGCGGUGAGACUGGACCACGAACGCCGUCUGACCGGCGGCGAAUCCGCCUUCGUCUCCGCAGGCCGGCAAGAACACAUGCAGCAGAUGGGGAGGGGUGUCCAGUGUGUUGAAGAGGUGCGGAAUGUCGGCGUGGAUCUUCUGGUUGAAACAGCCGGGGGUGCUCACGAUGGCCCCGACGUCGCCGUGAACGAGUGGCUGGCGACUGCCCGGGCCACCGAAGCUAAAGUUCCAGAGGCCGUAGUUGCCGUCGUUGAGCGGCCCCCCGUCCGGCUGCGCCACGUCCUCCAAGAUGGCCAGCACGACCGGAUGCCGCGGGUUGAUGUCUCGACUGGUCCGGGCGGUGGGGGUCGGAUGGGUCGUCCGGAGUGCCGUGAGCCGCGGCGUGUGGCGCAGGUCGCAUCGAAACGCUUCCCUCGUCGCGAACUCAACAAAGUUGUGCCGCGGGGGCUUCUCGCCCGGGUUGAACACGUCCAUGUCAUGGCGGGCUUCCAAAGUGGCGGCGACGUCGGCAAAGUCGUCCAACGCGGCGGCGCCCCACGUCCGCACCGUGUCUGGAUCGAAGAGGCCGCGGAGGAUGACCACGCCGCAGUCCCGCAGGAUUUGAACCGCCCGAGCAUGCGACUCCACGGACAAGACGCCGUGCUGGCGCUCGCUGUACGUGCGACCGAUGGUGACGGCGUCGAUCCACUGACGCUCGACGUCCAACGCGAGGGACGUGGGCGGCUCCAUCCGGUAAUGCAAGGGGUUGGCGACACCCGCGCGUCGAGUGAGUGCGAAAUGCUGGCGACUGGAUGCGCCGAUGAUCGAUCCGGCACUGGAGAGGGAUUGGGAUGUGCUCCAUAGGUCAGAUGCCCAUUCAAUGGACGUACCCGCCGGAAUUUCGGUGAUGACAAGGCCCCCUGGCAGCACGCGGUCGUGUAGACGCUGGGCAAUCGUGGCAAAGUCGCCUAAAGCGGAGGAAAAUGCGACAAGGUCCACGACAACGUCCACGGGUUCGUUUUCGUCCUUGAUCAAUGUCCAGCCUGCGUCGACGAGUCGUUGUUCCAGAAGUGAUUGAACAUCAGCGCCGGCGAGGACGUAGCAUGCUGGAGGAAGCACCACAUCCUCAAUGCCAUGAGCUUUUUGACGGUGAGGGUGGCGGCGCGCCAUUUCAGUGAAGAUGCUUCCCACUACAAGCAUGGGAGUGCCUUGAUUCUCCACCUCAAUCGUUUCGUUCUCGUCAUCGUCGCUGUCAUCAAAGCAAGCCCAACCAUCUUUGGUUGCUGCCAUUUUCAAUUGGU